AAUGACGUUUAAAACAUCAACAGAACGUCAAAAUUCGGUUUGUUGUUAUUUGGAAAAUGUGUAGCAUGCAAACUGAUUUCCACUUUUCUUGAAAUUUGUCCUUAAAUUACUAAAAACCUCGCUAUAAAAAUGACUUCAAAUAAAUUAGAAUACGAUUCUUCCCUCGGUGGGCCCGUGACACUUCCAACUCAUGUACAAACAUUCCGAUAUGCUGCGUCCAGCAUCAAUGAAAUCAAGAAUCUUCUUGAUGAAAUCCGGAAUCCCGUAAGUACAAAAUUGGUAUUUCAGACUUUGCCAAAGCAUAUGCGUCGUCGUGCCAUGUCCCAUCAUCCCAAGCGUUUGCCCCGUAAGUAUCGCUCCAUUCAUAAUUCGCAAAUGGCAAAAGCCGGCAAACCACCUCAAAUCACCAAGCGACCUUCAAGGAAGUAUCGUCGGAAGCCGAGUAAUCUCCUGAAGGAGUACAUUCGUCGUCAGAAGUCGCAAACAUGGCUGGAGACACACAUCUGGCAUGCAAAACGAUUUCACAUGAUCUCAAAGUGGGGCUAUAAGCUACCCUAUGCCUCAUGUGAUAAGACCUAUCGAUCUUGCUACCGUGCUUCCGCCAAACAUUGUCUCCUGCAAGAUAUUUCCUUUCAUGCCUGUGUAGAGAUUCAAGGCAAAUUCGAUGAAAUCGUAAGAUGUUUUGGGGCGUUGACAAGUUCUAAAUGUGGACUUGGGAUUGGAGCCAAAACCUUCGCGAGUGGCCGCAGAGAGGGCAGUAUUGAACUGUUCCAGGCGGGCCAAUAUCCAAAUGGUGCCUUGGGAAAGAUAAGUUUCCUCUGGAGACCUGAAGAAACUGACACCAGAACCCUAUGGCUGUUUAUUCACCCCGCAGCGUACACCGAAAUCCUCCAAGAAAUCAUCAAAAUCUUCGAACUGCAAAGCACUAAGAUUGAAAAGGUUCCAAUGAAAUGCGAAAACGGCGACACGACGAAUGGAAGUCCAAAGAAGAAGAAGAAAGACCUACAAUUGCAAUUUGUGACCAAAACCUUUGCCUAUCAGCGUGCUCCCAAAUAUCGAAACCCAUCAACCGGAAUAUGCCUUACAGAACUAAAAGACACCAUGAACAGAUUUCGCCUUACUGGACCUCUUUCGCAAGCAGUCCUGGGGAAAGCCCUGCAAGUGAAACCCAAUCGAGACUCCGAGCCAGACAACUGGUUCAAGUCAACAAUGAAUAACAAAACCUACUCUCAAGCCCAUUUGGCCCAAAAUGAGUUCUGGAAAAACUGCCAAGGUGUUAAUUCCCCCGGUGAACUGCUCUCGAACAUGAUUCUUGGCCUUAACGUCGAAGAUCCCCGCAUAAAUCGUCCCAAAAAACGCACGAAAGCACAACCUGAUCCCGCCACACAACCAAAUCUCGAUGUUCUCUUCGAUCCUCAGAGCAGUCUCCACCAGAGUCGAAUAUGGGAUUUCGAAUUGAGGAACCAAAUUUGUAGCCAAAUGAUGUCCACGCAUGAUUACUGCACCCAGCGAGAGAAGAAUUGCUUAGUUCCCGGAGAACGGUGUCGGUUUGAGGAAGAAAUGCAACCGGUGCCUUUGUUGCUAAUACAACGACCAGGAUCCCAAGACCACAACUACAAGCGAUUGGGCUAUGCCUGUGGAUGGGAUGUGAUAAUUCCGUCUGGUUAUGGAAUGUCCUUCUGGCUGUCGCUGAUAAUGUUCGGUGCUAAGCCAGGAGGCUUGCGAGAAUUCGAAUCAAUCCAACGAGAACUUGGCACCGAUCAAUUUCUUCCAGACUCCGUGCCCGGUGUAAAGGAAUCAGCUGAACGACAACUCGAGCUUAGGGUGAAGUAUUUCCGGAAACCUCCAAAUAAGCGGUGUAACUAUCAAAAAAAUUCAAUUUGCAGUCCAUUCAAAGCGCCACUGGGACAACUCAUAAAAGAAUGGUCUCCCAACGAUAAGCAUUUCUUUAUAUUGCGUGAUAAGGAACUUUUGAAGAACCUCAACGUGGCCAUUAUCCAGAGAAGACCACUGCCCGAUCUGCCUUCCUCGUGUCUUAUACAAAUAAAUCUCCGAAUGAAAACUCGUGGAUGUCCUGGGGACUUUGCAAUAAUCUGCCUUCCCACCAAUUCGGACUUUAAGAGGAAUUUGAAGAGAAUUAAGUUCGAAAAGAAUGACCCGGUCUAUACGGAGCCACUUAAGAGCGAUCCAAAAGAAGCCGAAAGAAAAAAGUUGCGCCAAAGUCAUAAGAAACUUCUUAAACGAAUGAGGGGACGUCGAGUGCGAGAGAAGAGACGCAAACAGGAAAAAACUGAAGGCAAAGUAACAAUCCGUCCAGCAAAUACCUCAACUCUUGUUAUGGAACAAUACAAGAAAAUGUGUGAACUAUGGUUACCCGAGAAUUCCGAUGACAUUAGUUUGCGGAAUCAAUGUUCUCGCGAAGUCUUUGGCUAUGUUACGAGAUGUGAUUUUAGUUAUAUUGAAGCAACUGUAGCUGCUAUUGGUUAUGUGACAGUGCCUGGACUGCAGCAACUUAUGAGUAUAUGGAAACGUGCCAAGAAUUCGGAGAAAAUGGUUCUAGUUCGAGGAACCAAGAGCCGCCAUUAUCGUUUUGCUAGUUUUAAAAUAAAUUGUGAAAUUUAAAAAUUAAAUUUUAUAUUUUGUAUGGUUUGUU